CUGACAGACUCCGGCAUGGCUUCCAACAAGGACGGAGCCAAGGGCCGGGCCUCAGCUCCAGCCACGGCCCCUGCCCCCGCCCCCGCCCCCGCCGGGCCCGGCGCCGACAAGUUCUGCGUGCUGUGCUGCCAGGAGCUGGAUGUGUACGCCGUGGGCAAGUGCGACCACCCGGUGUGUUACCGCUGCUCCACCAAGAUGCGGGCCCUGUGCGGCCAGCGUUACUGCGCCGUGUGCCGCCUGCAGCUCGACAAGGUUGCGUUUGUGAAGAAAAUUGCUCCCUAUUCAACAAUAGGAACUCAUCAAUUCCACCAUGAAAAGAAAUAUGACAUUUACAUUGCUGAUGGAAGGAUUCAUACUCAGUUCAGGAAACUCUUACAACAUGACUGCUCAGUAUGUCUUGAGUCAAGACCCUUUAAUACUUUUGAAGAAUUAGAGUAUCACAUGAGGAAGCAACAUGAGAUGUUCAGCUGUAAGCUGUGCGUAAGACACCUCCAGAUUUUCAGCUAUGAACGGAAAUGGUACAGUCGCAAGGACCUUGCUCGUCAUCGAAUACACGGUGACCCGGACGAUACUUCACAUCGUGGCCAUCCUUUGUGCAAAUUCUGUGACGACCGAUAUCUGGAUAAUGAUGAAUUACUGAAACAUUUGAGGCGCGACCACUACUUUUGCCAUUUCUGUGAUUCUGAUGGUGCUCAAGAAUAUUAUAGUGAUUAUGAUUAUCUUCGUGAUCAUUUCCGUGAGAAGCACUACCUUUGUGAGGAAGGGCGUUGCAGCACGGAGCAGUUUACUCACGCUUUUCGCUCUGAAAUCGAUUACAAGGCACACAAAGCUGCCUCCCACAGCAAAAACAGAGCAGAAGCCCGGCAGAAUAGACAGAUCGACCUGCAGUUCAAUUAUGCUCCUCGACAUCAAAGGAGAAACGAAGGUAAUGUGGGUGGAGAGGAUUAUGAAGAAGUGGAUCGAUUUAAUAGAAGAAGCCAGAACAGAGGACAAAACCGUCGAGGCAGAUGGAAAUAUAACAGGGAGGAAGAAGAUCGAGAUGUUGCUGCAGCUGUACGAGCAUCCAUAGCAGCACGGAGGCAGGAGGAAAAGAAGCAGGCUGCCUCAAAGGAAGAGACCGAUAGUGGCAAAAGCAAUCAUUGUGAAAAAGAAAUGGAUGAAGCGUGUAAUGCUAAGAGUGUGGUCAAGUCGGCUAGUGAGACUACAGGUACCAAAGAGACUGUGAAAGGUCCUUCGAAGCAGGAGAAUUUCCAAGUGACUGCUGUACCCAUCCCAAGUUCUAAUCAGUUGAUCCCUGUCCGCCUCAAUGAAGAAGAAUUUCCCAGUUUGUCUGUUUCGACACGUGCGAGUAGCACUGGCCCUCCUGCGACCUACACCUCUGCAGCUAAGAAAAUUGCAACUUUUCAGGAAGAGGACUUUCCUGCCCUCGUGUCUAAGAUUAAACAGCAAAAACCCACCGCAUCUGCAACCGCGUGGACUAGUGCUCCCGGUAAAAGUGUUUUGAAAACGGUGCAUUCCAGCAGCAACAACUCUACUCGAGUGGUUUCAAAGCCUUUAACGGCCAACAGCACCAAAACUAAAAGUAACAUUGCUGACGAGGAGGACGAGGACGAUAGGAUUGGUUUGACCGCCCAGGAGUUCCGAAAUACGCCAACAAUGUUGGAUAUUUCUUCCCUGUUAACCACGUCAACACAGACCGUCUCGAAAGUUGGGAAAAAGAAAAAGAUCGGGGGGGAGAAGCCGAACUCAUCAUCAUCAUCCUCAUCUGACACAGCCGCGGCUAAAGCUCAAAAGGAGAAUGUUCCGGAAAUGAAACAGAGCGUGCCGGUCUCCAGUGUGUUGAAUGGCCACACUGACAAACUGUGUACUGACAAUGUAACCACUUGCCCACUAAAAGAACCACCUGGGUUUAAGAAGUCUGAAGACCAUUCAAGUCCUUUAACUGAAGAAGAAUUCCCUGCACUGGGUAACCCGGUUUUACCGAAAAAACCACCUCCAGGUUUUAACAAGUUAUUACCAGUGAAGAGUCCACCAUCCAACCUUCCUCCUCCACCAGGAUUGUCUGCCCCUGUUAGUAAACCCCCUCCUGGCUUUACUGGUGUCCCUCUGAAUUCAAACAUCAGCGAGCCUAUGAUUCCAGCACCAAAACAGUCUCCACCAUCAUCAAGUAUUUACCUCAUUCCGGAGAAUUUUCAGCAGAGGAAUGUUGAUCUAAUCCAGUCCAUAAAUACAUUUUUACACAACGAUGAAACAAAAUUCAGCAAAUUUAGGACUCAGUCCGGACAGUUCAGACAGGGUCUGAUCUCUGCCGUGGAAUACUACAAGAGUUGCAGAGAAAUUCUGGGAGAAAACUUCCUGAAAAUAUUCAAUGAACUGCUUGUUUUGCUGCCGGAUACAGCCAAGCAGCAGGAGCUUCUGUCCGCUCACAAGGACUUGAGGGUGCAGGAGAAGCCGGUAUCAAACAAAUCAAAGAAGAACAAGAAGAACGCCUGGCAGACCUCCGUCAACCAGGAGCUCGACUGCCAGGUGUGUCCCACCUGCCGCCAGGUGCUGACCCAGAAAGACUUUGUCGCCCACAGGACCUCCCAUUUUGAGGACGAUGAGUUUCCCACUUUGCAAUCUGUGAGCAAAAUCAUCAGUUAAAAACAGCCAUCCUUGCACUGCAGACCCCGGAGAGGGGAGGGGGGAGGGGGAAACCUCAUUGAAACCAUAGUGAUGCACGUAGGUGGUGUGUGGAUGCAAUAUACAGGCAUAUGUUGCUUUAAGGGAAAACCGGAGUGAAUAUGAUAGUAUAGUAUAUCGGGGAAAGGAAGGAAAUGGUAUCUGUGUAUUGGAGAACCCUUGACACGAUACCCAGAUCCUGUUGCUAUGCUGUUGUAUAUUAAAUGCUGGUGCAUCGUUAAUAUACUUGAAUGUUUUUUUAAACUACCUUCUACAAUUACAAAACGUAGUGAAGCGACUAAAAAAAGGGUCACUUUGGUUCAAAGGUAUUGAAUUGAAAUUGGCUGAUUUAAAAAAAAAAAAAGCUAAUCAGAAUGCUCAAAGAUAAGAUACAUAAUGCAUAAACAUACACCACUUUGCACAUCAAAAUGCACCAAAAAAAUGAAAUUGGUCUUAAUUAAUGUUAAAAAACCCCACCAUGUUUUGGAAUUGGGUUUCAAUGCCGUGCAGUGCAGUGCAGCAAUUUUUCUUUGUAUCCCUUGUAAGGUUAUAAUGCACUAAACUUGGUCUAAGAGUUUCUCAUUUGACAAUAUAACAUUCAAGAUACAAGUAACGGUUUAGGAACGAGAAUUAAAUGCAGGACAUUGUGUUGCUGGAUCACCAGACUUAUUUUUAUUCAAGUGUAUGAAUGGGUAGCUCAUAAACCAGACCCUCGAGAGUUAGGACUUUGUUCUCUUUAUUUAAACACAGUCCAUGCUACCACUGCAAGGAAUUAAAUGUUGGUUGCAUUUUCAUAAUCUGUAUUCUGCAAUUGAAUCUAAUAUGUAGGUGCACAGGCCAUAUACAUUUCAUCACAGCUUCCAGUAAUUGAGUUCUGAGAGUUGAACAGCAAAAGUGGGGAUGUGUGUGUGACACGAUCUAUCUCUCCCAGCAGCUGAAAAGAUGAGCCAUUUUAAUGUCAUAUUAAACGGCCCAGGCAGCAUCAUCCCAGAGUAUGGUGAUAGAUGUCUUUGUGGUACACAUGAUGGUGGAUUGACCUUUGAUUUUGCAUGUAAUAUAUUUUGAUUAGUGGUGGCUCUUGUCUAUAUCGCUAUGAAAGUACUUUGAUCAGUACUUGUAUUCAUUAAUUUCCAGCGUUAAAGGAUAUUUUAGUGCCUUUUUUUUAAGUUAAAGCUUUAAAGUAACACACGCCCGCCAUCUAAAUUAAAACGACACAUUAUUGUCAGAAGUCACUUUAUUCGCAGUGUUCCGUUGCUUCAUUAUCCCACCAUCCCGAAAGCUUUGAUUUCCAGUUCCGUAGGAAUCAAUCCCCUGCAAUCUUAGCUAUUCAGCUUCUACUAAUGCCAGUGUUGGCCAGUAAUAGAUUUGUACACGGCAACUAUAUGGUCCAUCCUUUUGACUCCACUCUUGCAAAGCAACCCUUCCAGGAGUUCUACUUAUUGCUAGUUUUCAUCAAUUAAUCCUGCACAGAAAUAAACACUUUGGUCUUGCAGGAGAGAAAAUUGUGUCCCCACCCUCCAAGUUUCGGAAGAACUUGUUUGCAUCAAUUUUAUUGCAGAUUGGAAAUUAUUACCAGGUUAGAUCACUGUUUUAUUUCCAAGGAUCAACAAUUCACAGAGGUUGGAUGAGUUGAUUUGAUUUGGCUACGGGUGGAAUAUUUUCUUACCUAUUUGGUCCAUAAUCACCACCCCUGAUAUCACACGUGCACUCUGGUUAUGUUGAGUAUUUUUUUUUAAUAUUUUCACUUUGAAGAAAAGAUUCAGUUCCAGUUACAAGAACUAAGUAAAAUUUUGAUUUUUUAAUUUUGAUUUUUAACCUGUAUAUUCUGUACAAAAAAAAACCUGAACGGUAAGGGGAGAAGCAUUUGCAAUAAUCGGAAUGGAGACGAGCUGUAAUGUACUUUUCGUUAGUAGUUUGUGUGUGCAUUUGGCGGCUUUAAGAAAGCAUUUAAUUGGAAAAUAACUUGCAGUGACUUUAGCUGUUGUACACUGGGCUAAAUCAUCUGGAUGAUGCCUGUAGCAUUAUAAACUUGUACUACUGAGUACACUAAAUAAACCACCACAAUCGAUUUUGCUGCUCGUGUCAUUAUCAGAGUAUUAAUUUACAAUGAGUACUCUGGUAAUUGAAUUAAAAUGAAUGACAAGUCAAUGGAACAAAUGAUUGAAGAACAAUAGUGAUAUACGUGUGUGAAUGUUCAAUAUCGCUGUUACUCGGCUUUGGGUAAGAGAUCAUAAAGAAGCUUGAUUUGGAUCUUUGGCACGAUAAACAAAAUGACAGUCGAAUAUUGUGAAACAUUGUCAAAGCUCAGCUUGGAAUUUCUGUGGAUAUGAAGGUGGUACGAGGAGAUCGAAAUACAGUAAAUUGGUGCAACUGGUGACAUUUAUGUUGUAUUUCAGCAUUUUGUGUCACUAAUGCUGAGGUCUACCGUGGCCAACUCAUAAAGCCUAGCUGCGUGGAAAGUGCUUGGUCUAGGCUGCUGAUAGCAUCAUACAUUAGCAGAUCUUUUGGGAGACUUGGAUAAAAGUCUACGUUCUAACAUUUGAAUCUGUCCAUCAUCUGCCACGUACAGUGGUGCCAUAAAGUAUCAAUAGUUGGGGCUUGUAUUCUGCAAUGGUGGUCAACUUAAGCUCUGCUUCAGUUGCUGGAUUGUGAAACAUCUGCACGUAUGUUACAUGAGACUUUGUUGAAAACACUGUAACCCAUGCAGUUCCUGCAUUCAAUUAAUUAAUGUUGAUUUGAUUGAAGACUGCCUCAAAAAGAUAUAAAGGAGUACAUCCUGGAAUUCUGAAAGGUGCCAAUAAAAAAAAAUAAAAAAAUAGUUUAUGCAAUAAACGUCAUAUUUGUUUAGUGCUGCAUUUUACAAAGGUUUGGACUUUGUAUAAGCUCAAUUUCCAAUUUCAAAAGAAACACCAGGUACCAACAACUUGCAAAUAAAUACUAUCUGCAGUGCA